GCAAAAUACUAAAAUGGUUAAUGAUUGAUGAAUUCAAUUGGGACACAACCUAUUCCCACUGUAUGUGAAUGUGAAUUACCGUGACAGAGAGCUUGUUCUCAAAGUCGUCUCCACGUUCUCUUUUGCACAUCUUGUGGGUGUGUCGUUGUUUCUUCUGUGUUUGCCACUAUUACUAUAUUCCUCUAAAUCACCUUUUUCCUCUCUCAGCUUUGAACCUUCCACUCUCUCUACACAAAUCUUACAGAUAUUGUUCAAUUUUUCAUUUUUAUAGAUCUGGGUGUGCUGCAUUUUCCCCUUCACAUUUUCAAUUCUCCAUUCUAUUAAAGACCGGUUAUAGAUUUAGGUUUCUUUUUCCUAUUUUGUGAAAGAUAUUUCACUUUUGCUUUUAGUAUUGUCAGGUUCUGUAGACUAUAAAAAUAUUAGCUUUUUUCAAAAGUUGAUUGUGGGUAUUGAAAUAAUUCGGGUUGCUUUUUGUCCAAGUUUUUUUUUUUUAGGGAAACUAGGUUUUGGUGAUUCACUUAUUGUGUUGUUUAAUGUGUAGAGAAAUUAACAUUCAUUAUUUUUUGUGGAAGACUUGAUCUGAAAUUUGAUGUUUGAUUUAGAAUGUUUGUGUAGUGAACUUGUGAUGACUGUGUUUAUAGGGAAACAUAUGAAAUUUUGAAGAAUUUGUAGGUUUUGGAAUCUGUAGUAAGCUUUAUAGUACCCACACCUCUGAUCAAAUACAUUGUCUAUUGUCUGUAUUAGUAUCCUUGCUUCAUAGGUAGUGAGUGAUGAUGUAAUGUAAGUGUUUUUUGUUAGUAAAUUUUUUAUUUUUUGAGGGAAGAUUUUGUAGAGUGAUAAUGACUUCAAUCACUCUUUCACCAAAUUCUCCCCCUUCUGCAAUUUCUCCAUUAUCUAAUGGUGGUAGUGUUGUUGUUCUAUCACCACCCCCUUCUUCUUCUACUUCCACCCCUCCUUCACCUCCAACUUCUUCUCAAUCCAAUCAAACAUCUAAUUCCCCUCCUCCUUCAUCAUCAUCAUCAUCAUCAUCUCCUCCUCCUUCAUCAUCAUCAUCAUCAUCAUCAUCAUCAUCUCCUCCUCCACAAACAGUACCUGUAACUCCUCCUCCUUCCCCUUCUCUUUCUCCUCCUCCUCCUCCUCCACCAUCGAAAACACCGUCACCGGCAACUUCUCCACCACCACCACCAAUAUCUCCAACUCCACCAAUUGUAACACCACCUCCUGCACCUCCUCCAACUCAGACUUCACCUACACUUCCAAAUUUGUCCCCACCACCUCCAUCAGUUGGUUCCCCUCCUCCUUCUAAACCAAUUUCCCCGUCUCCACCUCCUCCUCCGGCUAAUGUGCCAAAACCACCACCAUCCACCAAUCCUCCUCCUGCACCAAAAGCAGAGCCACCAAAAACUUCUCCUUCACCUCCUUCACAAGCAUCCCCUCCAUCAGUUUCACAAUCUCCUCCUCCUUCACCUUCCAAUGUUGUUCCACCGCCAUCCACAUUGCCAUCAACUCCUCCUCCUUCAGUUCCUUCAGGAUCUGCACCUCCAGCUUCUUUGCCUCGUCCCCCUACUAACGAAACGGUACCUGGUGGUCCAGCUGUUUCAUUGCCUUCUAUUCCGACUGAGAAACCGACUGCUAGACCAACUGUUGAUGGAACUCGUAAUAUAGCUGCAAACAACUCACCUUCCAAUUCAGGAGGGUUGAAUACCGGAGGAGCUGCUGCGAUUGGUGUGGUAGUUAGUUUAUUUGUCCUCAGCCUUCUUGGUAUGACUGUUUGGUUUGUACAGAAAAAGAAGAAGGGAAAAGGGCCAAGAGCUGAAUAUGUCGCACCUUCGCCGUUUACCUCGUCUCAUAAUUCAGGUACCUUGUUCUUGAAGCCACACUCUCCAGCCAAUUUUAUAGGUAGUGGCAGCGGUAGUGAAUUUGUGAAUUCACCAUCAGAGCCAGGUGGAGUAAAUAAUUCAAGAUCAUGGUUCACGUAUGAAGAACUUAACCAAGCAACAAACGGAUUUUCAGAGCAGAAUCUGUUGGGAGAAGGUGGAUUUGGUUGUGUCUACAAAGGUUUGCUUGUAGAUGGAAGAGAGGUAGCUGUGAAACAGCUUAAAAUUGGUGGUGGACAAGGGGAACGCGAAUUCAGAGCAGAAGUUGAGACUAUUAGUCGAGUACAUCAUCGUCAUCUGGUUUCUUUGGUUGGUUAUUGUAUAUCUGAACAUCAAAGGUUGCUUGUCUACGACUAUGUUCCCAACAAUACCCUUCAUCACCAUCUACAUGAUGAAAAAGGACCCGUUUUGGGUUGGCCUAUCAGAGUUAAGGUUGCCGCUGGUGCAGCUCGUGGAAUAGCUUACCUACAUGAAGAUUGCCAUCCACGCAUUAUUCAUCGAGAUAUCAAGUCAUCAAACAUCCUUCUCGAUCGCAACUUUGAAGCUCUAGUUUCAGAUUUUGGGCUUGCAAAAUUAACAUUGGAUUCAAACACACACAUAACUACACGCGUAAUGGGAACUUUUGGCUAUAUGGCACCAGAAUAUGCCACAAGUGGGAAAUUGACUGACAAGUCUGAUGUAUAUUCCUUUGGUGUUGUGCUUUUGGAGCUAAUUACCGGUCGGAAACCUGUAGAUGCCUCUCAGCCACUUGGUGAUGAGAGCCUAGUUGAAUGGGCUCGACCUCAAUUGAUCGAAGCACUCGAUAAAGAGGACUUUGAAACUUUGGUGGAUCCAAGACUAGGAAAGAAUUACGAUAGAAACGAAAUGUUUAGGAUGGUCGAGGCUGCCGCAGCCUGCGUGCGUCAUUCCUCAGUUAAGCGGCCACGAAUGAGUCAGGUAGUGAGAGCUUUUGAUUCGAUGGACGAGUUUUCGGAUCUGAAUAAUGGAAUGAAACCAGGGCAGAGUUCAGUGUUUAAUUCUUCACAGCAAUCUGCACAGAUCAGAAUGUUUAGGAGGAUGGCUUUUGGAAGCCAAGAUAGUUCCAGUUUCUUUAAUGAGUCUCAAAGUAGCUAUAGGAGUAGAGAUCAAGAUUCUACAACUAUGUUCCCCCAAAAUAAAUCUGGGCCUUGGAAUGUUUGAGUCUUUGAGAUGUCUCUUAAUAGCUGCAACUAACAUGGUUGCAGAAGUUCAUGCACGCACGCGCGCACAUACAGGUGGACCGGUCAUUCCCGGUGAAAUCUUGGUGAAGUUGUUGCAUUUCUUCCAUAUUGCCAGGCAGGUGCUGUGGUGUACUGAUUUGUAAAUCUAUUUUUUUAUUUAUUUUUACUAUUUUUGCUCUCAUUUUCCUAAUGUGAUUUUAUUUUGGUGACACAACGGUAUCCAUGAGGUUUGUUGGGUGUCAGUUCGUAAAUGACUCAUCCAAUAAAAAUUACAUAGCCGUAUCUCCCUUACAA